AUGCCUCCGAAACCGAAGAAAGAUGAACAAGUCCGCGGAGAAGCAGCUGAUGUCACCGCAUUCACAGCCGUGCUAACAGCUAAGCUAGCGGAAACUAAAAGUGAGCUCCUGGCUGAAAUCAAAGACACCUACACGAGGUACGAGGCAAAGCUUAUUGGUCUCCAGAACUCCGUUGAAGACCAUGACCAACGUAUCGCUAGUUUGGAGCAAUUUGCUAACUCCACCAGUGACGAGUUGACCGAUGUCAACUCCACCAGUGACGAGUUGACUGCUGAGCUAGCAGUGGUAGCUGCGGAAAACGCUAAGCUAAAGGCUAGGCUAGGCUAG